AUGAGUCAACUGAAACCUCUGUAUCUGGGCUCGGCAAUCGAUGAUCUGGAGAAGUUGCACGAUAAACUACCGCCCGAUAUUCGGAACCGUGACCUCGACACGAUCUGCAGGUCGGGCCAGAAGCUGAUCGAGCAGAGUGAGCGUUUCUAUAUCGAAAAAGAUGAGGAGCAAGCAUACGUCGGCUACAUGCGCUUCAUGCGUCUUGUGUUGAUGAUCCGCGAUCACAAGGAGUAUCCGCGCAAAAAACAGAUGGUCACGAAGCUGCUCUGCUCGCAAUCAGACAUUAAUCGUAUCUUGGAUAAACUCGGUAAUCUGAAAAAAAGUCUCGACGCUCGGUAUCUGGAAAAGGCGCUCAGCAGAGGCACCAACGCUUCCCAGCCAGUGGUUGCCACGGUUUCGAGUCGUGAGCGGAACACAGCUGCGCCAGCGUCGGCUGGCGGCUCAUCGACGGCUGUUGGUUCUGGAGCCAGACAAACGGUUAGUGCGACGGAACUGCACGGCAUGAUGAACGACAAUCGUGUCAGCUUGCUGAUCAUGGAUUGCCGGUCGGAGAAAGAUUUCAACGAGUCACAUCUCCGCUACGCGUAUCUGGUUAACGUGCCGGAACACCUGCUGGUUGCGGGCAUGACGGCGGGAAAGAUUAAUCACGCGUUGCGACCCGAAUCACGGAAGCUGUGGUCCAAUCGGAUGGUGAAGGAACAGGUGGUGCUGAUGGAUUGGAGUACUAGCGGUAGCCCGGUGAAGGACACUCCUAUUUAUGUGCUAGACUACAUCCUGUGUCACUACGAUCAAGACAUCGAACACACGCAAAUUCUGCGUCUCGACGGUGGCUACGAGAAGUUCCUGCUGUACUAUCCGGCUUCUUGCACCAAUCCCGCCUUCUGCCCACCGAUGGCCCUCUAUUCCGCUGGUGAAAAUUUAGAUGAUAUUGAGUAUCCGAACAUUAGCGACAUUCCGAUGAAGGAGAACAGUUUCUCGAAGCCCGGCUUUAAACCAACGAUCGACCGAAACAGCAAAGUGGCAGCGGUGACCCUCUACGAGGCACGCCAGAAGCCGCUCGAGGACAUCCUAGUCGAGCACGAGCAGAUACUGGACAAAUCGAAACAGAAUGCACUGGAAAUCAUUAACACCGAAACGGAGCUGCAAAAUCUCGAACACAGUCAACCGGCCGAUCCGGGCCUGGAUGAGACCCAGGAAUCGUUGCUGUUCGAAGUGAUGCAGCUGAAGGACCGACAGCGAGACUAUAAUGCCGAAGAGGCGCGCCUUCUCGAGGAGGAGGAAAGCUACAAGGAGAUGGAAAAGAAGAAGCAAGAAAGCGGCGAACACAUUUCGACGGAACAGGCGGAACAAAUAGAAUGGGAGGCCCACGCGCGAAGGUUGCGCGAAAAGGAACGCGAACAGCGUGAGCUGGAGGAAAAAUGCCAACGCCUGGCCCGGGAGCGUGAGGCAAAGCUUGCGCUGGCCCGUGAGCAGAAGCGACGCCUUAAGGAGAACGUGCCCGAGUCGGUCCGGCAGCCGUACGCGGAAGGUCCACCCGUGGCCGGCGUUCCGACGAUGCCACAGUUUGAUCGGUCGGCCAAACCGCUGGCGGAUCAUAAUCAUAACGUGCGCACCAUUCGCGACCUCGACGUGGUGCAGCGUGACUUCGCACCGGUCUACGGAAGCGUGGGACGCGGUCUGACCGGCCUGAAGAACUUAGGUAAUACCUGCUACAUGAACAGCAUACUGCAGUGCCUCAGCAAUACGUACUUUCUCAACGAGUACUUCCACGAUGCAUCGUUCAAGAUGCGCCUCAACCGUAGCAACAACAAAACGCAGGGCAAAAUAGGCGAAGAGGUGGCCGCUGUCAUCAAGGCGCUCUGGACGGGCCAGUACAAGUGUAUUGCCAGCAAGAACCUGAGGUACGUCGUUGGACAGUACGAGCGGCAGUUUGGCGGAAUCGAGCAGCAGGACUCUCACGAAUUUCUCACAAUCCUCAUAGAUUGGUUACAUUCCGACCUUCAGACCACGCAGAUGCAGAUUUCAACCAGCCUCGACCAACUACCACUGUCCGAAAAGGCGUGGAUAGAACACUUCAAGGGCAAGAGUAGCUACAUUUCCAAUCUGUUCUACGGCCAGAUCAAGAGCACGGUAAAGUGCACCCGCUGCCAGAAGGAGAGCGCCACGUACGAGUCGUUUUCGAAUCUCAGCCUCGAGCUGCCACAGGAUUCCAACAUUUGCUAUCUGGAGAACUGCCUCGAUAUGUACUUCAACGGUGAAGAGGUGCGCGGUUGGCACUGCCCCAGUUGUAAGAGCAACCAGGAAGCGAUCAAGAAGCUCGACAUUUCGCGCCUCCCGUCGAUCAUGGUGAUCCACUUCAAGCGCUUCUACGCCGAUCCGGACACGAUGUCGACGGUGUACCGGAAGAAGCAAACGCUGGUCAAGUUUCCGCUCAGCGACCUCAACAUGACGAGCUACGUGGCCCGCACGGAGGUGAACCGCAACAAGCGGCUAACGACGUACCGGUACCACCUCUACGGUGUCUCGAACCACUACGGCUCGAUGGAGAGCGGCCACUACACGGCGUUCUGCUUGAAUAAUGUUCAUCAAAAAUGGUUCAAGUUCGAUGACUACAACGUGUCCAGCAUCGAUGCCUCGGAUGUGCAGGCAAGCGCAGCGUACAUCCUCUUCUACUCCUGUCUUCCAGAUCGGCCGCUGUCGGACGCACGAUAGGGGGUCUCCUUCCAGCGGGGACCCCAACUCGGCACGGGAAGACCAAACGAAUGACCGGCUCUCAGCGCGGUCAACGGGAGCUUAAGACUUGAGGAUGUUCAAAAGAUGUGCGAUUUUUGUAGAUUUUUAACGCAGCGCGCGCUGUCGAUCGAUUGCGAACGUCGGUUGGCCCCUUUGGCGGCGGAGCCGAAUGAUGGGCCGAGCGCAACAUGUAAACCAGUGUGCAUCCAACCAGUGCAUCUAAUCCGUAAUUCUACUGUGAUUGCCAAUCAAAACAAAACAGAGAAAACCAUAGGAGAGCUUAACCGGAGAAGAGAAUAGACGAGUAAAGUUGUGAGCAGGUGAUAGUGACAACGGACCCAACGGGAAGCGCGGAAUUCCCGGCAGAUGUGCCGGGUGUCUGUGACUGUGCAGUAGCAGCUAUCGACUGCGUCGGAACGUAAAUGCUACCAAUGUAUUUUUGCAACAAAUAUACUAAA